UAUUAUUAUUAUUAUUUACCAUUCAGUGAUUUUGUUUUCAUUACUGCUGUCCCCGAAUUUGAACUUAACAAACCCAAAGCCCUCAGAAAAGAACGGAUAAUUUUAUAAUAUAUGAUACAAUAGGACAUUUACAGUACCUUUGCAUUAAGUUGACUGAGGGAGAUUUUGUUCUAAGAAAAAAGACAUGACAAAAGACGCCAAAGACAAACAUUCUCCUGAAUGCGACACCAAUGUCAUUUUGGACGAGUCCAUGUCAAAUCAGCGAAUUACAUGGAGCAGCACACUUGAAUUUGUGGCUUCGCUGAUCGGCUUUUCUGCAGGAAUUUCGGAUUUCUGGAGAGUUCCUUAUCUCAUAUGGAGAAACGGAGGGGGUGCGUUCCUACUGGCCUAUGGGACGGCUCUGCUUGCUGGUGGUGUACCCCUGUACUUUCUCGAAGUCUUCCUCGGACAAUAUUCAGGAAGAGGGUUGUUUGAAAUAUGGGGAUUUGCCCCACUCUUUAAAGGGAUUGGGAUUUCCAUCGCUCUAUUGAAUUUACUUUGCGUCAGCUAUUUAUCUACAAUGCGUUACUGGCUACUUGAGUAUCUGAGACAGUCAUUUACGACUGACCUACCGUGGUCAUCAUGCGGACACACAUGGAAUACCAAUUCAUGCAGAGCGUCACAUACACUCUUGUCCUCAAGCACUAAUGAAAGCCUAUGGAAUUCCACGACAAACACUGUCGGUUACCAUAACUUCACUACAGAUGUGACAGCGGAGGAAGAGUUUUGGCAGCAUAAUAUCCUAUCGCUGUCCAGUGGUGUAGAGGAAGUGGGGUCUUUGCGCUGGCGCCUCGUUCUUUGGACCAUCAUCAUCAACAUAAUUAUCAUUGCUUGUCUUUUGAAGAGCGUCAAGUCCGUUGGAAAGUUGAUGCUUCUGACAACAAUUUUCCCUCCGCUAGUUGGAUUGGCUAUGUUGAUUCAAGCGUUGACUCAAAAUGGCGCCAAAGAUGGCCUUCUCUUCCUUAUAACACCGGAUUUCACCAAACUUGCUGACUCGAAGGUUUGGAUAGAGGCGUCGUUCAUGGCAUUCUACAGUCUCGGUCCAGGCUGGGGCGGUAUACUAAUGAUGGGCAGUCAUAUGAAAUUUCACUCUAAUUGUUACAGAAAUGUGCUGAUAAGUAUCAUUGGCGAUAUCUUUAUGGCAGUAUUCGGCAGCUUUGUCUUGUUUGCUGUCCUGGGUGUGAUGGCGAGCGAGAUCGGUGUCCCGGUCGAAGAUGUUGUUAAGUCAGGAAUGUCCAUUGGCCUGGUCGGCUACAGUCGGGCAUUGACCUACCUACCUGCGCCUUAUGUCUGGGCUGUAGUGUUUUUCGUUGCUGUUUUUGUGUGGGAUUUGACGCGCAGGUGGUAUAUACUGAGACAGUGGUAUCGUUUCUGGAAGGAUAUAGUGCUAGAUUAGGACGACACAGUCACAUAAUUCUGGUGAUACUGGUCAGCAUCAUGUCCCUUCUACUGAACCUUCCUUUCUGCACACAGGUAAAAUCAGACCUUCACAUAUGUAUACAUUGUUUCAAUGUAUUUUUGAAUAUCUAUUGCAUGUAUAUAAAUCACUACUUUUUUUAAAACACUUUUCUGUUGGUCUUGACACAUCAGUAUGAUAAUAACGAUCACUUCUCUGUUCCAGAUGUGACGACUUCACUGUCGUCAUCGCUACUCCUCUCUUUGCAGAAUAAACAUA